GAAACAAUCCCACGUGGACGUACACUGCGUGUCAUAGCGCUCGCACACAGACGCGCGCAUUGUCACGCCACGCAGCGACCAUACACCAAGCAAGUAAUGUCAUCGCGCGCCGAUUCGGUUAGCACGGAAACAGAAUUAUUAGGCAAAAGGCCUGUAAUUGAUACUGAAGAACUGAUCGAAAGAAUACAGGAUAAACCGGAACUAUGGGAUUCUAGACACCCGCUUUUUAAAUCUAAACCAGCAGCAACGCUGGCGUGGGAAGAAGUAAAACUAGCAUUUCCAACUGCAAGAAUUUAUGACCUGAAGAGGAAGUGGAAGAACCUUAAAGAUUCUUUCCGAAAAGAACAUAGAAAAAGAAGCGAGGUUUUACUGAGUUUAGAAUAUCCUGGUAUAAAUCCUGAUUCGACAUGGAGACACUAUAAUUCUUUAGAAUUUUUGAAGGAAGAUGAAGCCUACGCUGCUUCUUUAAAUGCGCCAGGAAGGGGAAAGUUUCAAGAAGAUAUGAAGGAUAGCUCUUGCGACGAAGGUGAAGUAAUGGAGUUUCAAGAUAAAACACCCCAACUCAAAACUUAUAGCCGAACCAACACCAUUCGUGGAUCCCCUGUACCCUCGCCACAAGCACAAACAUUAGAACCUCAGGCAAAUAAUGGUAUAAAAAGGCCUAAUGCGAUACGCGCAGAGUUUUUAGAAAUUGAAAAAAAGAAACUGAAACUUCUAGAACAGGAGAUUGAAAAGCAAAAGAAAGAGGAAAGGAAUGAAAAGUCAGAAGAUUACCACUUUCUCAUGAGCAUCUUGCCACAGAUGGAAAAGUUACAUCCGACGCAGAAGUUACGAAUCAGGAAUAAAAUUAAUCAAGCUUUAUUAGAAGAGUUAACUGUCGUAAAGACUGAACCACAAGAAGCAUCAAUUGAUCUACCACAAACAUAUAAUGAACCACAAAACCCAUUUACUGAUCUGAAAAACGAUACAGAAUGUGUUGACUAUAAAGUUGAGAUUGAAGAUAACUUUUUUUAAUAGACAUUCCUGCAAUUUUUAAGUUCAAAGUGGUCUAUCGACGUCCUCAUUGUUACGUAACUCAUAAUUUAAAUUCGUAAAUAAAUGAAAACUUAUUGAU